CUUUUUCUUGCCACAUUUAAUUUUUUUUCACAUAUUAAAAACAAAUAAAUAAAUUGUAAAUUCUAAAAAGAUUAGAUUUAAACAAUGUGGCAACAUUUUGAGAAAAUUACAUUUUGAUUUGACGGAUGACGACAUAAGAUAAUAGACAAAAGUUUGCAAAAAAACACACACACUGAAUAUCAAAAUUUUAAAGAAAUUUAAUUCAGAAGGAAAAAUUAUAGUUGCUGUUUUUGUUAACAUAAAAUUUUGACUAAACAACGCAUAACCAUCAAAAAUACAAUAAACUUCGUCUGGAUUCUUAAUAUAUAAGUGGGACCAGCUUAUUGGUGAAACUUCGCUUGCGUUUAAACAGUCAAUUUUUCGGGCAAGUCAGCUAAAAACAAAAACAAUGGUGAAACUAUUUGCACUGAGCAUUUUUUACAAAGGUUCUGCGGAAGCUCGCCUAUUAAAGUCUACGUACGACUUACAGUCAUUUUCAUUCUUUCAACGCGGCACAGUUCAAGAGUUCAUGACUUUUGCAUCAAAAACCAUUGUGGAGCGUACACAACCCGCCAUGCGACAGUCAGUUAAGCAGGAGGCGUAUAUGUGUCAUGUGUACGUACGAGCUGACAAUUUAGCUGGUGUAUUGAUUGCGGAUCAUGAAUAUCCGCAGCGCGUUGCUCAUACGCUCAUCACAAAAAUCUUAGAUGAGUUUAGUGCGAAAAUUAGUGCAGACAGUUGGGAAACGGGGUCUGAUGCAACGAUUGAUUUCAGUACAUUGCCUGCUUAUUUAGCUAAAUAUCAGGACCCAAAAGAGGCAGAUGCAUUGACUAAAAUGCAAAACGAUUUAGAUGAAACUAAGAUUAUAUUAAAGAAUACAAUUGAAGCAGUGCUUGAGCGUGGCGAGAAGCUAGAUGACAUGGUAAUUAAAUCAGAAAAUCUUUCUAUGCAAAGUAAAGCAUUUUACAAAACAGCCAAAAAGACAAAUUCAUGUUGCAAUUUUAGUUAAGUGAUUUAGAUAAGCUGAAAUACAUACAAAAAAAAAACGAUUUUUCGCGGGAAAAAACUGGAUUUUUUUUUAUAUUUUCUUUGAAAACGUAUGUAUACUCGUUAUGUUUAUUCAAACUGUAAUUGCUUAGAACGCUGCUUUUUUGUUGAAACAAUAAUGAUAACAGAAUGUGUUAAGGUGAAAUUAGUUGAAGAGAGACACGAAAUUAUGUAUGCGAAAUAUAAGAGAAAAGAGCGUAAACUCAUAAAUUCAACCUAUUCCAAAUAAUUGAGUUUGAUUUUUAUCAAUAUAUUGUUUUGUUAUGAAAAAUAUGGAGGAAGAAGUUCGAGAAAGCCAAACACUCUUUUGGCGAGUGGCACUGAAAAUGUUAAGGAUAUUGCCCAAACACUGUUUAUAUACAUAUGUAUUCAUAUUGCAUGUUUUUUUUAUAAGAUAUUUGAUGAGAUUUUAGGUAACAACAUAUAUCUAUAAAUAAAUUUAAGCAAAUGUUAGUAUGUAUAUACUUUUAAUUAAAUAAAAUAGGCGAUGACAAGUUCUGCACUGCAAACACAUGAUUUUUCACAACAGGCUUAAAAAUUCCAAAAAGUAUUUUAUGCAACAAAUAUGAGUAAUGAUCCCGAAAAGUUGAGUGAAAAUGAGUUCCGAAUUGCACAAAUUGAGAACAACUAUAUAUUUGACUUUAAGGCCUCGGUAACACACUUGUUCGUAUAAUAUAUUGUAUACUGGACUGAAUUUCUAGUUGAUUUAGGAAACAUUUUAAACUGCAAUUAUUGAAGACAUGCAAUUAAUGCAUUGAAACAUUCGGAGGUACCACAAAAAUUAUUCAGUACAUCUCACAAAGAAGACAAAUUGCAGCAAAACUAAACUACCUACUAUUGCAUGCACAUUUUAUACAAGUGUAAAAUUUAUAAAAAGAUAUAUACUUCAAUAUAUUGCUAUUGUACCAGUCUUGCACAUAUUCAGGAAAAUAAUUGCAAAGUAUUUGUUUUACAGCAAUAGAUGGAUGAGUAGUAAGGCAUAGCAUUAAAAAAAACGUAACGAAAUGAAUUCUAUCAAAUUAAUAAAUAAAUGUUUGUAAUUUUUGGAAAGUGUAUUUGAAGAGACUAGGUUAUGCGGAUUAUUUAAAAUUAAAAUAUGCAAUGAAAUUAUAUAUUGUUUUGAUGUCUAGUGUAUGAAUUAUACGAAAAAAACUGUUGUUGCAAUGAUUUGCUUAAUUUUGUCUAAAAACCAUUUCUUAUACUUAAAAAGUAUCUCUGCAAAUUUAUAUGUAAUACUGUUAUAUAUGUACAUACAUAGGUAUACUUUUUGUUUUUAUGCCUUAAAAAUGUACUAGCAUAUAUUUGUUGUUUCAAAGAUAUUUUAGUCACAGUUUUGAUAAGUAAGUUUACAAAUAUAUAUUUGGAAAAAUAAAUUCUUAGAUACAUAUGUAUAUACCAUACAUCUAUGUACAUACAUAUAUACAUAUAUGAUACAUUAUAUAGGUAUUUAUAUACUACACAUAAACGAAUAACCCAACCGAUGAAAAUCCAAUAUGAAAUUAUUACUAUUGUGGCUUGAACUUAAUGUUGCAAGUAUCGGAUAUAAACAAUACGCAAAUACUCGUGUUCCUCUAAAUGUUAGUUGGAAAAAAAAAAAAAUACAUUUAAAA